AUGUCUGACAUUCGGGUUUUUCUCAUUGCCGCUACUCUAGCGGUUGUAGCCGCCAGGCCUCAGGGAAAUGACCAUGGGCAUGGCCACGCAUACUCAUCGCAGAGCAUUGUAGUGCACCACACCCACCACGAGCACAAACAGGAGAAGCAAUCAACCGGCCACAAAGAGCAACACGAGAGUCACGGCCAUCGUGAAACCCACAAGGCUACCUCCUCACAGCAGAUCCACCGCCAUGAUGUGCCUUCCAAGGCUCCUGCUGAUCAUCAUGAGUAUUACAGUCAUCCUAAGUAUGAGUUCGAGUACAAGGUGGAGGACCCUCACACCAAGGACUUCAAGUCACAGCACGAGUCUCGUGAUGGCGACGUAGUGAAGGGUUACUACUCCUUGCAUGAGCCCGAUGGCACGAUCAGGAUUGUCCACUACACUGCUGAUAAAAAGAGCGGAUUCAACGCGUACGUAGAACGCAAGGGUCAUGCCAAACACGAGUACCACCACUAA